AUGCCACAUUCUCACCCACGUAUAGAGUCCGGCCAGGCCACUCCACACGCGCGGCCUGAUUUUAACAUCGACAAUGUCAAAACCCUUAGGUCGAACAUGAUUACACCGCAAAGUCAGCUAUCCCGCACGCCUGCCGAAUCAAGCGGGCGUUCUCCUCCCUUUGCCGAUGACCGGGAACCGCUCCUCGGUCGUGCUGACAUGCGCGAUUCUACUGACUCAUGGGGGACUCGUACGAUCAAAUAUUCUCGAAAAAGGAGCUGUGAUUGUGGUUUGCCAAUUAUCGUCUUCUGCCGUCUUUUCAACACCGUGUUCGCCGCAUGCACAAUAGACAAGGCAAACAAUGACGUCGGCGAUGGGUGGAACCUCCGCAUCUACAAGCUUCUAUUCGACUUCUGCUGGAUCAUCCUGGUCUGGAAUAUCUUCGCUUUCGUAGCGAGCAUCUUUAGUUGCGCGUUCUUCCCAAUUCCCGUGCGCGAAAAGGAGGGAUCUAGAACAGGAAGGGAUUUCAGAGAUAAAAUGCGCAUCCAAUUUGCCUGCAAUGAUGCAGUCCUGGGGGUUAUCACGUUGGUUCUACUGGUUGUCGCGUGCCAUGGCAUCGAUCCAAGCUGGGAGGGGCAGUUCGUGGGGCUUAUGCCGCCGGUUGUGGCGAUGGUGGCUUCGCUCGUAACCGUCGAACUGCUCGUGGCUAUGAUCCAGCCGUUCCGAUAUUCCGAGAGUAGGCUGUUCUCCAUUACUUGGCGGUCCGAGAUCAGCCAAUUUCGCACAGUCACAACUUAG